AUAACUCUACACCUUAGUGCAGCACAGUCGCUGUUGCUGAAUCGUUGCGGCAAUAAACGGAGCUGUGCAGAGAAGCAGACCUACAACAUCCGGGCAAUACUCAGCUUGCGCAGAAACGGAAUGGCGGAGGUGGGUGAAGAGCCCCUGAAGAUAACUGUGGAGGUUGUGGCCUAGCAGAGAACCGAUGAGGAAGAGAGAUGAAGGCCCUCAGCAGGAGAAGCAGAAGUUUCAACAGGCCUUAGAGGAGUUGGAGGUGAACUUUCACCCCAUGAAGAUGGCAACGCAGUCCCACACUGUACGCUCGAGUUCAGCAGUGUCUGCAAAUAUAAAAGCCGGUGAGCUUCCUCUAGAGGAGCUGCUGGCUCUGUACGGCUACACAGUGUCAGAUCCAGAGAAGGAGACCUGUCACAUGGCUGCCAGCCUGCCAGGCAUGACACUGGACAAGGAUCAGAUAGCUGAGGAUCUCUUUCCCGGGGAGGAGGAAGAACAAUCGUCAGCUGAUGAUCUCACCCCAUCGGUCACUUCAAACACCUCAGAUCUGCUCCAACGCCUCCAAGGUGAAGACAAAGAGACAUUAGUGUGCACAUCAGAUGAAGACUGUGAUGAUGUCUCAAUUCCCUCCAAUGAAGAGCACAAGGAAAUCAUGGUGGGCACUAUGUACCAGGCAAAAAUCCCUCCACUUUGUCCAUAUACCUGUCAGGACAGAGCCUACAGCAGUGAGGACCAGUUGCUGUGGAAGCCAGGUGUUCUUCCCAUGCAAGAAGUGGAAGAGUUCUUGCUGUACAUGCAGAGAUCGCGCAGCCAGGAGGGGGCAGCAUGCUUACAAACACAAGGGGACACUAUCCAAGACAACGAACAGGCGCUGUAUGAACUAGUGAAAUGCAACUUCAACGCAGAGGAGGCACUGAGACGAUUACACUUCAAUGUGAAAGUUUUCAGCGAGGAACUUUGUGCCUGGAGCGAGGAGGAGUGUAGGAACUUUGAGCAGGGUUAUCGAGUUUACGGGAAAAACUUCCACCUCAUUCAGGCUAAUAAGGUACGAACACGCUCUGUUGGGGAGUGUGUGGAGUAUUACUACAUGUGGAAGAAGUCUGACCGCCAUGAGUACUUUACCCAACAGGCCACCAGGAUCAGCCGCAGGAAGUACAACCUGCAAUCAGGGAGCAUGGAGGAUGGAGAGCAGGAUGGGGAAGUUGGGGAGCUUGAAGGUAGCAACAAUUCUUCCGGCUUGUUGUCUCACAGCUCUACAGGGCAGCUUGAUUCCCCAUUACCUCCGCAAUCAAACCUGGACAUGGUCAAACGAGGAUGAGGGCCGUCCACGGCGCAGACGGACUCCCCGCUUUCUAUUAAAGCCAUGAACUGGGUCCAGACAGGCCACAGAUAGCAGGCUGGGCCUGCAGGUAAAUAAGAUGGUGAGCUGGUGAUGGGGCUGUCAGACCUGUGUGGGGACAGAUGUCCUCAGCAGCUGUUUGCCUGUCCCUUCUCUCUCCUGCCCAUGGACGACCUGCGGGAUCCUGGCUCAGGCACCUCUUGUCCCUCCGCUCCAGUACAGCUCCUGCCCCAGUCGUCCCCUCAGAGUUCCCUGUGGGCCUGCGGGAGUCCUCCGUCCUGCCAUGACGACCCUCACCUCCCAGGCUCAUGCUUCUACCAGCUGCACAUGCGUGGUGGACCUUUUGAUACGGAGGGUCGUGACUGUGGUGCAGCAGGAGUUGGGACUGUCCCCCCCUGUGAGCUGCAGGUGGAAUUUAGCCUGCCGCCUGCCUCCCCUCCUUCACCUGCUGUCCUCCCAUCACACUUCCAGGCAUUUGGCAGCCUGCUGCACCCCUCUCCCGUCCAGCAUCCUCGCUCUAUCACACAGUGAGGGAUCAUGGGGACAUCUAAACUGAGUGGUACUCUUAAUGGUUUGCCCUAAGUCGCGAUUUUUGGACAGUUAAGGGCAUGAAGUGCGUUACCUAACUUUGUGAAACAGAUGGACCUACUACCUGUGUUAGGGGGACACAUGUCUGUCUGAACCCUCUUUUUAAACUGAGACACUUGAACCCUCUGUCUGUUGUUAGCUGACAUGUUUAAAUCUUUACUUUCAUGUGUUGACAACAUGUUUAUUAACAGUUUAUUAUCACGACCUGCUGCAGAGCAGUCAAUAUAUUCUUGUGAAAGCUAAGUGAGUACGGUGAUGGGAGCUACAGUGAUCAUGGAAACACACCAGAAGCAUCCUGAUUAUGAAUCAUGAACAACAGUGCUAACUACUGUUGCUUUCAUUUUGAAUUUGUCUGGAUGUUAAGAUUAGACUGCAACUCAUACUUCUCCAAAGUUCCUCCACAACGAGCCAAUCACUUUCUCUUUAUGUAUAAAUUUGCAGAUUGCUCUGAAGUUUUGCCUCUAGAGACCCGUCUCUGUGAACAUUGACUGGUUUGCUUGCAAUAAUCACUGAGUGAGACUUUUUUUUUUUCCAACAUUUUACAAUUGUUUAUUUAAACAUUAAGAUGAAAUGUCCUCAUUUAAGUCUGUAAUUGUCUCUCCAUUAUCAACCCCCUAUGUCUGUUUGUUAGCACUUCCAGCUUUCUUUCACUCCUCCUGUCUGGAAAUAUUUUUCAGAAGUGUCAUUCUCUUCCUCAUGAUUUUUGAAAAGCUACAGUGUGACUGUGUUUUCUAAGGCUAAGAUAUGACAUGUAUAGAGGAAAAAGGAGACCACUUAUUCUUGCUUCUGCUUUUGUGGAAUAUUUCUUCCUUGUUCUUGAUUUGACGAUUUACAUUAGGAUUCAUCGAGGUAAUGUGCUUUGUCAUCAUAUCUGAUCAUUGAUUUUUUUUAUCAUGUUGACUGAUGUUGAGUGGUAAGAAACGGUUCAGAAUAGUUGCAGAAUAUAAAAUCAAUUAAAUCAUGUGAAUUAAAAAUGUGCGGUGGAAACAGGUAAGUGUCUGCAGCGUCCUAGGUUCUGCACAUCAUUGAUCUUCUAGUCUGUUAAAUGAUCAGUUGGUCAUUAACAGUCUGAAUAUGUGUCAUACAGACAGAACAUAUAGAAAUGUAAUUAUUUAAGUUAAUUGGAUUAAGGCAAGGCGGGUUUAUUUAUCUAUUUUGGCAACAUGGCAAUUCAAAGUGCUUCAUAAAGAAGAUAAAACCAUCAUGACGAAGGUCAGAAAAAAAGCACAUGGAAAGAGGACACAGCACUGUUUAUGUGUAAAAGAGAACAAACAUGUACAUCAACCCAACAUGAAUUCAACUGUUCAAAUAUAAUAUUUUUUCCAGUUAAAUAUCUUCUUCCUCUGAAAUGUUUCACUGACCUCUGCCAUACAUAAUGCAAUGUUUGUAUAAUGAAAUCCACUUAACAAUGUCAUAUAUGUACAUGCAUUAAUAUGUCUAAUAAUAUAUUUUGAAGAGCAGCAUAAUAAAUUCUCAAGUUUUUUGUACAGUUAA